AAUUACAGUCGGUUGGUUCGUAUAAAACCCGAUCUUCUGACAGAUAGCCUUCUCGUUCUUGCAUUGACUUGAGAGAGAGAUAGAAAGAGAGAGGAAGGGAGGCAGCAAUGCUGUCCCCGGGAGAGCAUCCUCAAGAUUGGCUGUGGUCGUGUGUCUGUGGCCUACUUUUCUUUGCUUUUUCUUUGUCGAAGGAAAUAUAUUCUCCCUCUCGACCGCUCUCUUUCUCUCAUUCAAUUAUAUAUUUUGACGUUUUCACUCUUCAUUCAAUGCGACCGUUCAUGGUCGACGCUCUGGUUCAACUACAAUUGGACGCUACUAAAAGCUUGAAAUGUGACUCUUGCUAAACAAUUGAGCCAGGAAACGAGAAUAAUAAAUCUCUCUCUCUCUCUCUCUCCCCCCGCCCACCCCUUCUUCUUCCUUUACCUCAUUUCAAUUUCCCCUUCAACGCCUUCUUUUCUUUCUGCUCCUCGUCUUCACUACCAUUUCCAAGAAGCCAAGUAAGGCCUCGACGUUUGUAUGUUCUCUUAACUCAUACUCCAUUGUUUCUCUUCUUUAGUCUGAAAAUUGUUGCGAGAAGUUGGUUCGUUUAUCCUGAACUGAAUGUCUUUUUGAUGUUUUUAUCUUCACUAAAGUACCGCUUUGAUGUUGAGAAUAUGGGUUCAGAAAAAUCCCACUUCGUCCCAUCUCCUAAGUCCCCAUGCGAUCUCAGAGAACUGAAAAAUUAGUGCAUCUAACUUCGUCUCCUCUGAAAUCAAGAACCCACCUUCGUGAAUGGACAACCCUGUCGCGGUAUACAAGCAACAAGUUGUAAUCGAAGCAGAAGAAGAAUAUCAUGAGAACAACAUCGCCUGCAGUUCCUCCUCAUCCUAUAAGAGCGCCUCUUCGUGGUCAAAAACUGGGCAGUUUCGAUUUUCUGUCGACGAGGAUCUGUCAGAAUUUUCUGUUUCUAGUCUGGGGGUGGUGAAUUCGGCCUUUUCUAUUGAAAGUGCCAGGAUUUCGAGCUCGAAUUGGAGGAGGCAUGACUCCAAAGGUGGGAAUUCUGAGGGUCUUGUAAGCUCUCAGAAGGAGCUGAGCGAGGAAGCCUCCCGUUUAUUGUAUAUCAAUGAUUCCCAGCAGACCAACAACCGAUUCCAAUUCGCCGGAAACGAAAUCCGAACCGCAAAGUAUUCUAUCUUCACUUUCUUGCCGAGAAAUCUCUUCGAGCAAUUCCACAGAGUAGCUUACAUAUACUUCCUCGUGCUUGCAUCACUGAAUCAGGUCCCUCAAUUAGAAGUCUUUGCCAAGGAAAUUGCUUUUCUUCCCUUGCUCUUUGUGCUUUUUGUUACUGCAAUCAAGGAUGCCUACGAGGAUUUGAGGCGCCAUCGAUCCGAUAAGAUAGAGAACAAUAGCAUGGCUGAUGUUUUAGUGAACGGGAAGUUCGAGCAGAAGAGGUGGAAGGACAUUCAUGUAGGUGAGAUCAUUAAAGUCUGUGCUAACGAAGCUCUGCCCUGUGACAUGGUACUGUUGUCAACCAGUGAUGCCACCGGUGUGGCUUAUGUCCAGACCACCAAUUUAGACGGAGAAUCCAAUCUGAAAACGAGGUACGCCAAGCAGGAAACACUCUCCAGAAUGCCUGAGAAGGAGGGCAUCUCUGGGUUCAUUAGGUGCGAAAACCCGAAUCGGAACAUCUAUGGCUUCCAGGCCUAUAUGGAACUCGAUGGGAAAAGGUUCUCGCUAGGACCAUCGAACAUUGUUCUUCGAGGUUGUGAGCUGAAGAAUACUGCAUGGGCAGUGGGAGUUGCGGUUUACACUGGCAAAGAGACAAAGGCAAUGUUGAACAGCUCCGGCGCCCCAUCAAAGCGUAGUCGGCUGGAAAUGCAGAUGAACAGGGAGAUAAUUGUUUUAUCCUUCUUUCUGAUUGCUCUGUGCUCUAUAAUCACAACAUUGUUUGGCGUCUGGAUCGUUCGCCACGAGGAUGGGCUUAAUAUUGCUCCAUUUUUCCGGAAACAAGAUUUCACUAAAAACAAUGAUGACUACAAGUACUAUGGAAAAAUCAGGGAGAUACUGUUCACAUUUAUGAUGUCAGUUAUUAUGUUUCAGAUCAUGAUCCCAAUUUCUCUUUACAUAUCCAUGGAAGUUGUCCGCCUUGGCCAGGCGUAUUUUAUGACCAGGGAUACUAAGCUUAGUGACAACGCCAUGCAUUCAAAGUUCCAAUGUCGUGCUCUGAAUAUAAAUGAAGAUCUUGGGCAAAUUAAGUAUAUUUUUUCAGAUAAAACGGGAACCUUGACAGAAAACAAGAUGGAAUUCCGGUGCGCAAGCAUUCGAGGAGUUGAUUAUAACCACAGCUUUGUGGGUAGUGAGGAGGAUAGCCAUCUGGUUCAAGUGAAUGGGAAAAUUCUUAAGCCAAAAGUGAAGGUGAAGCCGAAUGAAGACCUGCUGCGACUACUGAGAAGUGGGGUUGGUACAGAGGACAGGAAACACGCUGAAGACUUCUUCCUUGCUUUAGCUGCUUGCAAUACUAUAGUUCCUCUGACUCUUGAGACCUCAGACGAGAAUGUGAUGUUGAUUGAUUAUCAAGGAGAAUCUCCGGACGAACAGGCACUGGUUUAUGCUGCUGCCGCCCAUGGCUAUACACUCGUCGAACGAACUUCUGGCCACAUUGAUAUUGAUAUGCAAGGAAAGAAACAAAGAUUCAAUAUUUUGGGCUUACAUGAAUUUGAUAGUGACCGUAAGAGAAUGUCUGUGGUAGUUGGCUGUCCUGACAAUGCUGUCAAGUUAUUUGUGAAGGGCGCAGACAGUUCGAUGUUUGGUGCCAUACACAAAUCCAUGGACCUAGACGUGGUCCAUGCAACAGAGGCGCAUCUUCAUGGCUACUCCUCUCUCGGUCUAAGGACACUUGUUGUUGCUGUAAGAGCAUUUAGUGAUUCAGAUUUUAAGCAGUGGCAGUUGGAGUAUGAGAAGGCUAGUACUGCAUUGAUUGGCCGGGUGAAUUCACUUAGGAACCUUGCUGCCAAAUUUGAGAGCAAUCUCAGCCUUUUGGGAGCUUCUGCAAUUGAAGAUAAGCUUCAGGGAGGUGUUCCGGAAGCUAUAGAAUCUCUCAGGCGAGCAGGGAUCAAGGUGUGGGUGUUGACAGGGGAUAAGCAAGAAACAGCCAUUUCAAUUGGGUACUCUUGCAGCCUUCUUACAGAGGACAUGGUGCAAAUUAUAAUAAAUAGCGACUCGAACGAGUCUUGUCGAAAGAGACUUCAGGAGGCUAAAGUUAUAGUCAGUGAACGCUUAGUAGAAGGUAUGAAACCAACGGAAGGGAGAGUUAGUAACCCAAAACAGGUGGCCUUAAUUAUUGAUGGUACCAGCCUCGUUUAUAUUCUUGAAUCUGAGUUGGAAGAUGAGCUGUUCCAAUUAGCUACAAAAUGUGAUGUAGUGUUAUGCUGUCGAGUGGCUCCAAUGCAGAAAGCUGGGAUAGUUGCCCUUAUAAAGAACAGGACAGACGACAUGACCCUUGCCAUUGGAGAUGGUGCAAAUGAUGUUUCAAUGCUACAAGUAGCCGACGUUGGAGUAGGUAUCAGUGGCCAGGAAGGUCGGCAAGCUGUGAUGGCAUCCGAUUUUGCAAUCGGGCAGUUCAGGUUUCUAGUGCCCCUGCUAUUGGUCCAUGGGCAUUGGAAUUACCAGAGGAUGGGAUACAUGGUACUGUACAAUUUCUACAAGAAUGCAGUUCUUGUACUUCUACUCUUCUGGUAUGAACUUUACACAGCAUAUACGUCAACUUCAACGAUCACAGGGUGGAGCUUGGUGUUAUAUUCUAUCAUCUAUACAACUCUGCCCACUGUCGUCAUCAGCAUCCUAGAGAAAGAUUUAAGCCAUAAGACCUUGCUCAAGUAUCCACAACUUUAUGGAGCUGGGCAGAGGUCCGAGUGCUACAAUGCUGGAUUGUUUUGGUUGCUUAUGCUGGAGACAUUGUGGCAAAGUGCAGUAAUCUUCUACGUGCCUUAUUUCACGUACCGAAAUAGCACAAUGGAUGCAUCACGUAUGGGUGAUCUGCUGAUCCUGGCUCUAGUAAUACUUGUGAGCAUUCACUUUGCCAUGGAUAUAAUGUGUUGGACUUGGAUUACUCAUGCUGUUUUAUGGGGCUCUGUUCUCGCCACUUGCAUUUGUGUAAUCGUUAUUGACUCCAUACGACAGCUACCAGGAUAUUGGGCAAUCUACCAUUUUGUUGCAUGUCCAUCGUUUUGGCUGGUCCUGAUUCUCAUCCUUGUAGCAGCAGGAAUGCCACAUUUUGUCUUAAAGCUUAUCAAGCAGCAGUUCAGGCCCUCUGACGUUCAAAUUGCAAGAGAAAUGGAGAAGAAUUUAAAACCGUAUCACUUAUCGAUAGCAUCUUUAGAAUCGACUGUAAAUAGCAAUUCAUUUAGACGAAGUUGAUUGCAUCGAUCAUUUUUCCUCACUUUUUUUUAUAAUUUUUUAUAGCUAGCCAAUUCUUUACGACACUGCUGCUGUGUUCGCCACAUGGUUGCCGUUUAUCUCGAAGGUUGACUGGUGAUCUUCAGCAAGAUUUGUAUACGCUAUUAUCAAUUUUUCAACUGAAUACAAUCCGUGAAUUAUUUGAUUA